AUGCCUUACCCAGAUGUUGAUUAUGUUUCAUCUUCAAACAAUCGUCUUAUUACUGAGGAGCUAGAUUAUAACAUACCAAAUUUAAAGAACGAGUUUGAUCGGCUGAUUGUUGCAUUAACAAAUGAGCAACGAGACAUUUUUCUUAAUAUCAUGAAUGCAGUUAAACAUAAUAAGGGAGGUGUAUUCUUUGUUUAUGGUUAUGGUGGAAUAGGUAAGCCAUUUCUUUGGAAGACAAUUUCUAUAGCAAUUAGAGCUCAAGGUCUGAUUGUUUUAAAUGUUUCUUCAAGUGGGAUAGCUUCAUUAUUAUUGACUGGAGGCAGGACAACACACUCUCGAUUUAUAAUUCCCAUAAAUCUUACUGAGGAUUCUUUUUGUAGAAUAAAUCCAAAAAGUGAUCUUGCCAAUUUAGUAAGAAAAACCUCAUUGAUCAUUUGGGAUGAAGCACCCAUGGUAGACAAACAUUCAUUUGAAGCUUUAGAUCGAACUCUGAAGGAUAUAUUAAAGUGUAUCUAUCCUACGAAUUCAAAUAUUCCAUUUGGAGGGAAAAUGAUUGUUUUUGGAGGUGAUUUCAGACAAAUUCUACCUGUUGUUCCAGGUGGCAGUAGAGAAAACAUUGUUAAUGCUUCUUUAAGUUGUUCUUAUUUAUGUAAACAAUGCAAAGUGCAUAAAUUAAAAAAAAACAUGAGGUUAACUGUUGGAAGCGGUCCAUCUGCUAUUGAACAAAUAAGGGAUUUUGCAACUUGGCUUUUGAACAUAGGAGAAGGUAAUGUUUGUGGUCCGAAUAACGGUGAAGCGAUUGUUGAUAUUCCACAAGAUAUUGUUAUUACUAAUCCACAUGAUCCUAUAGGUUCAAUAAUCAGUUUUAUAUAUCCUUCUAUACUGGAAAACUUCAACAUUGCUGAUUAUUUUCAAAAAAGAGCAAUACUUGCUCCCAAGAAUGAAGUUGUCCAAGAAAUAAACGAUCGUUUACUGUCAUUAUUUCUAGGAGAACAAAAAGAAUACUUAAGUUCAGAUAGCCUAUGCCGAUUCGAGUUUGUUCAUGAUGAGUUUAAUGCAAAUUUAUACUCACCUGAUCUUUUAAAUGGUCUUAAAGUCCCAGGUCUACCAAACCAUAAGCUUAUUUUAAAAGUUGGUGUUCCAGUUAUGUUAUUGAGAAACAUUGAUUAG